CAGUCUCAAACACCUCGCAGAGAUGAGCAGCACGGUGCUGUUCUCGCCUAGCUCUGCCCUGUUCCUCACCAACCCUUCUCCCCUCGCCAAGGGCCGGGCGGCGGUGGCGGUAAGGUGCAGCACUGGGCCAGCCAUGUCAGUGUCGCAGCAUGAGGAGGAGGGCGAGAGGGAGGGGUCAGCAAUGGUGGGGAGGAGGCGUGCAUUGGCUUCUACUGCUGCUGUCUGUGGAGCUUCAGUGCUUGGGUUUGCAGGCCAUGGCCUGGCGGCCACGCAGGGGCUGCUGGCAGGGAGGAUCCCCGGCUUGUCAGAACCUGAUGAAUAUGGCUGGAGAACGUACCGUAGGCCAGACGACAAGUCCGGCGGCCAUGGAGUCGGCUGGAGCCCCAUCAUCCCCUACAGCUUCAAAGUUCCUGAUGGCUGGGACGAGGUCCCGGUGUCGAUUGCUGAUCUUGGUGGCACGGAGAUCGACCUGCGCUUUGCGAACCCAAAGGAGGGCAGGUUGUUCGUCAUCGUAGCUCCAGUUCGCAGGUUUGCAGAUGAUCUUGAUGAUGCGACCAUCGAGAAGAUUGGCAGCCCGGAGAAGGUGAUCGGUGCCUUUGGUCCAGAGGUCAUCGGAGAGAAUGUGGAAGGGAAGGUCUUGUCCUCAGCGACAGAAGAACAUUCAGGAAGAACGUACUACCAGUUUGAGUUGGAGCCACCCCAUGUGUUCAUUACAGCCACUGCUGCUGGGAACAGGCUCUACCUGUUCAGCGUAACUGCAAACGGUCUGCAAUGGAAGAGGCAUUACAAGGAUCUGAAACAAAUAGCAGAAUCAUUUCGUGUCGUGUAGAGUUUCCAUGGCUUCUUUUACAGUACUGCCUUUUGUUAACACGAUUAGAGGACAUGAGGGAUGCUAUUAUGUAGAGAGGAUAAGUGAACAUCAGCUUUGAUGGUCACUUAAAAUUAGAAAGCUGAAGCAGUUCAGCAGUAUGUUAAGCUUGCUCUUUAAAGGCUAAAUGCUUGUAACAACAAAAAUUUUCAGAUAUUGCCUCAGAGGACUACAGAUCGUGGCAAA